AUGAACCUCGCUUUUUUGGCUAAGUGGAGUUGGAAUUUACUGACAGGGAGUCAGUCAUUAUGUUGCAAGAUCCUCAGGGCCAAAUACCUAAGGGGAAAGGACUUUCUCCACUGCAAGUACAAAGAUUCUGAUUCUUGGUUCUGGAAGAAUGUUGUUAAAGCUAGUGAUAUCCUCCGGAAAGGGGCCUGCAAGAGGGUCGUUGAUGGAAGAGACACUAGCAUUUGGAGGGACCCGUGGAUCCCUCACUUGAAAGGUUUCGUCCCGAAACCAAAUAGAAGUGUUGCUAUGGAUAAUCAUUGUGUGGCUGAUCUACUUUCGCCUACGGGAGGGUGGGACAUCCCUAAGCUAAAAAGUCUGUUCGAUCAGGAGACUGUUUUAGCGAUUCUGAAAAAUGGAACCCCCCUAGGAUUGGGAAAGGAUAGUUGGUUGUGGACCCUGGAGAGUAAUGGACGUUUCUCUAGUAAAUCGGCUUAUCUGUCCCAGGCCUUGGAGAGAGCUCCCCAGUGUAUUGUCGCCCCUGCUCUUUGGAAUAGUAACAUAAUGGAGCGUCACAAGGUUCUCUGGUGGUGCAUCCUUUCCCAAGCUCUCCCUGUUCGAGCAGUGAUUAAAAGAAGAUUUCAGAUAGAAGACACCAGUUGUCCAUUGUGUGGUAUGGGUGAGGAAACUAUGGAACAUUUGUUUCUUACCUGCGAUGUAGCGAUGCACUUAUGGCGUGCUUCUCCGUGGGGGAUCUUCCCUGUGUGUGACACUGGUAUUCGGGUUUGGAAUUGGGUGAAGUUCAUUUGGAGCCUUAAUAGGCGGGGUCUCCGAGUGGAGGAUGUGUUUCUUUAUGCCUCGCUUGUUGUGGACAAUAUAUGGAGAUUGCGUAACGACGUGGUACACAAUAAUUGCCCUCCUAAUGUUCUUAAAUGUAUUGACCAUAUUUGUUCUUCUUUUGCAGAGGCACAUACUUCUCUCUUGCCUAGUCCUCCGCCGCCGGUGAAGGAUAGCUAG